CGCAGACGCCAAACGGAGAUCGUGAGUUACAAGAUCUCAAGUUUAUUAUUGUGAGGCUUCAAACUUCAAGUGAUCGCUAUAUUGCAACCUCAAGCCUUUUAGAGCAAUCAAAAUAUCCCUACAAUGAUGUUAAAUACUAUCGUCAAUUGUAAAAUUGAAUAAUAUUCAAUUUCUCUAGUGCUUAUAACCACGUGUUUCUGCUUGCCGUCAGAUUGACAGUCUAUCAUCAAGUGAUAUUUGAAUUAAAUUGAAGUUGAAAAAAUGGAAAAUUACGACGACGAUGUACCUACUCUGUCUGCUGAAACGUUGCUGGCUUUGCAACAAUUUUACGAUGAACGAAACGAACAAAUAGAAAAAUUCAAUCUUGACGUGAAAAAUGCAACGACCGAAAUAAAAUUCGAAGAAAAUUGGCAAUUAAGUCAGUUUUGGUAUGACGAAACGACUAUACGUGAAUUAUCACAAGCUUGCAUCAAUGCUUGUCCACCGGGUGGGAGUAUUGCUCUGAUUUCAUGUCCAUCACUUUACCAAGCAACAGAAAAAAUAAGAGGAGAUCGAACAGUCAAGCUAUAUGAGUUUGAUACAAGAUUUGCUGUCUUUGGAGAAGAUUUUGUUAAGUAUGAUUAUAACAGCCCUAAAGAAAUAUCGCAAAAACAUAUAGGAGCAUUUGAUGUUGUUGUAUGUGAUCCUCCAUUUCUCUCUCAAGAAUGUUUAUCAAAAACAUCUACGACAGUGAAGCUUUUAACAAAAGGAAAAAUUGUACUUUGUACAGGAGCAGUAAUGAAUGAAGAAGCAGAAAAAUGUUUAAAAGUAAAAAAAUGUAUAUUUGAACCUCAUCAUGAACAUAAUUUAGGAAAUGAGUUUUGGUGUUAUGCAAAUUUUGAUUUUGAUUCAUGUUUUGAAGGUUCUCAACAGAAAAGUUAAUAUUGCA